AUGGAGGGGUUCAGACACCUUUCGUAGUCUUGUGAUACUGCUGUGGUCAAUUCAAGAGGGUGGGGCAGGAAGCACACAAACUAAAAGCUUUCAUAAAAGAGGAAGAGACAUUCUUGGCUUGUUGACUGGAGCAGGGUAGCUGCCUGCCUGAGGACUAACACUCAUCAGAGGACUCUGUUGGAAGGUUGCCCAACAGAAUAGAGAACACAGCCAUUCUUCUAAAUCCCACAUCUCAUCACAGUCUCACUGUGCAUGUGUCAACGGAGGAGAGAACAGAGAGGACUGUUAGAGAGAGAACCAGAGGAGGAUGAAGUCUAUCAAAUUGGAUCAGUCGGCGACAGUCGAUGAGCUUACGGAGGCCUGCAUCAAAGCAUUUGAUUAUGAAGGCAGACUGAAUGAUGAGUCUCUGGUCCGGAUGUUUCUCAUGAUGCAUCCAUGGUACCUCUCCUCUGCUGACCUGGCCAAGAAACUCUCCAGCAAGUCACUGGAGGAAAACUGUCUGCCUGAACUCAGGUCACAAAUCUGCCAUCUUAUCAAGUACUGGAUCAGCGAGUUCCCAGCAGAGUUUGACCUGAACCCAGAGCUGGCAGAGCAGAUCAGACGGCUGAAGGAGCAGCUGGCUCAGCAGGGAGAGGAGCACCAGAGCACACUCAUCAACGUUGACAGUGUGCCGUCAUAUGAGUGGAGUAGGCAGGUGAGCCAACCAGCUCAAUCUGAUUUCAAGAAGAGGAAGACGUCUCUCCUCUUUGAUCACCUGGACUCAUCUGAACUAGCAGAGCACCUCACCUACAUGGAGUAUAAGUCCUUCUGUAGGAUACUGUUCCAGGACUACCACAGCUUUGUGAUGCAUGGCUGCACAGUGGAUAACCCCAUCCUGGAACGCUUCAUCACCCUCUUCAACAGCGUGUCUCAGUGGAUCCAGCUGAUGGUGCUCAGCAAGCCCACCGCCCCCCAGAGGGCUGCUGUCAUCUCCCACUUUAUUAGGGUCGCACAGAGGUUGUUACAGCUGCAGAACUUCAACACUCUGAUGGCAGUAGUGGGGGGUCUCAGUAACAGCUCCAUCUCACGCCUCAAAGACACACAGUCACACAUCAGCAACGAUGUGAGCAAGGUGUUCAACAACCUGGUGGAGCUUGUGACAUCCUGUGGGAACUAUAGCCAGUACCGCCAGCGCUUCUCAGAGAGCACAGACUUCCGUUUCCCCAUCCUGGGUGUGCACCUCAAGGACCUGAUCGCUGUGCACGUAGCCCUACCCGACUGGAGUGACCGGGAGAAGACGCAGGUCAACCUGGCCAAGACCCAGCAGCUGUAUGCCAUCCUCCAGGAGCUUGCGCUGAUCCAGACCACGCCACCCAGCGUCGAUGCCAACAUGGACCUACUCAACCUGCUCAUGGUGUCUCUGGACCAGUAUCACUCAGAGGAAGAGAUCUAUCAGCUGUCCCUGCAGAGGGAGCCCCGCACAGCCAGGCCAUUGUCUACCCCAAGCCCACCUAUGAUAGAAGAGUGGGCAUCUUCAGUGAAGCCCAAAGCUGACCCCACCAUCAUCAGUAAACACAUACAGAAGAUGGUAGAGUCUGUGUUUAAGAAUUUUGACACUGAUGGAGAUGGCUACGUCACUCAGGAGGAAUUUGAAAUCAUUAGGACUAACUUCCCAUACCUCUGCAAGUUUGACGACCUGGAUAAGAAUCAGGACGGCAGAAUCAGUCAGGAGGAGAUGAUCGACUACUUCACCAAGGCCAGCUCUUUACUGAACAGCAAGAUGGGGUUCAUCCACACAUUUUCAGAGAAGACCUGCAUGAAGCCUAUGCUUUGCCAUCACUGUAAAGGCAUCAUGUGGGGAUAUUACAAACAAAGAUACAAGUGUAAAGCCUGUGGGGUGAGCUGCCACAAAGAUUGUCGCAGCCGCCUUGCUGUGGAGUGCCGCAAACGAACACAGAGCACCUGUCACGAAUACCAUUCUCCCCAACAGUCCCGUUCCUUCAGUGUGCCUGCUAUAGCUCAGCCCCUACUCACUGUACAACAUACAGUCAUUACAGAGGAAGCUCCUGACUCCCUGGGGGAUGAAGUGUUUGAUGUCCACCUUUGAGGAGAGUGAAGACCAACAUUGAGGACAAAAACAACUGACUGCCCAUGUUCCCGGCAGCAACGUCACUCUGAAGAUCUCAGUGUGAUGGAAACGUAAUGCUCCUUUCUGUCUGAAGAUACGACGCAUGUUAGGAACAUUCUACUUUUCCAGUUUAAGAGCAUUUCGUAUCUAAGGAAGGAUUGUUUUUAUUUUCUGAUUGAUUCAUCCUUCAUCUGAUUGAUUCAUCCCUCAUCUGAUUGAAUCAUCCUAUUCUGAUGGAUUCAUCCUUCAACAUCAUAUUAUUUGCUCACAGCUUUCACAGUAGGUCAACCUACAGUAUAUGCAUAUCCCUGUGUGUAUUUGUAUGUGGUUUAUGACUGCAGAAGAUUGCUUCUCCACUAGAUGAGGCUGUUUGUGUGUCACAACACUGGAUAGUGUAGGCUACCACUGCUUUUUUACAUUCCCUGUUUUUAGUGUUGCCCUGUUUGUGUGGUCUAGUUGAGAAAGAAAAAUGUGGGAGUGGAUUGUUAAUGACAAGAUCAAUUGAGGUUAUUUCCUCAACUAGACAAUCCUGUGGUACAACUAAAAGACAGACAUGCUAUAAUUAUUUUAGAAUAUACAAUUAUAAAUAUAGUAAUAUCAUAGUACAGAAACUAGUCCACAGGUUUGUUCUACCUUUAUACAUAUGGCUCUCGCUGGGCUUCAGUGACACUGUAAAAUGGGAGAGCAGCACAAAUACAGGCUACAUUUUAAACUAUCAUUUUGAAAUAUAUUCCAAACUGAUCAAAAAUGAUGAAUGUGGUGUCAUGUAAAAAAAUAUUGUGAUUUAUCCUAAAUAAAUGUUAUGCAGUUAUCGGCUCUGAAACCCAGUUUAAAUUCCUUAUUUCCACUUUCAAACAGAUUCCAAUUUAAAGCAUUUUGUUGCAAUGAACUUUUGUAGAUACUGUGAGAAUAAAUUAUACUGAUCAUGUUGGAGGCAGGUAACCUGGCGGCAUUGGGCCAGUACCCAAAAGGUAGCUGGUUCAAAUCCCUGAACUGAAUCGGUGAAAGCUCUUUCCAUUUGCCUCUAAUUGCUCCUGUAAGUCACUCUGGAUAAGAGCGUCUGCAAAAUGACGGAAAUGUUUAACACUUUGUGCUGUCCUUAUUUGAACCACUCAUUUUGCAAACUCACAGCCUUCAGGUGUUGAUGACUCCUGCCAAAUUAAACUGUGUUAGGCGACCUGGGUCCAGCUGAGGAUUUGUCACCAUAGUAACUCCACACCGGGUAUCCUGUAGGCUAUUACUGGCCUAUGACAACUGAAGCCAUCUCACAAUGGCUAGUCCUGUUCCUAUUGUGGUAGCUUUCCCUAUAGUGGAAAGUGGAGUUAUUUGAGCCAAAGGGUUAAGUUGAGCCACCCUUGUUUCUAGGAAACCAAACUGUGAUGAUCCUCCUCAUGUCCCCUGUCACCUCAUCUAAAGCUAGGCCUUAGUCUCAAUAACCAGACAUUGCAAACGGUUAAUGAUUUAUAAGAAAUACAUGUAUGAAUCGUAAUUGUGUGGUUAGCGAUGCUCUUUUGAUUGAUGAUCAUCUGUGAAAGAGAGAAGAACCUUGUGUUUGAGUUUAUGGUCACACGCCAGCAAAACCUCUUGUUAUGCGGUGCCCAGUAUCAUUCUCGUUCUAAUUAUGUAUAUACUGACCAAAACAUACAACUACAAUGUGAUCAUGUUUAACUAUCAACUCGUUAUGGUUAAGUAAAAUAAAUGUAUAUGUUUUCCUCGUUAAUUGAAGAGGGUCAUCUGUUCAUUUCCUGGUCCGAGUUUUCACAGGCAAACAUUGGAUGUGUUGAAGCGCAUGGUUUAUUCAGGGUAGGGAGAUAUACAUGUUUAUAUCCCAGGUUGUACUUCAAGCAGGUGAAGCACCUUUAUUGACGUGUGCUGUAUGAACACGUGUCUAUGAACUGAACAUAUUGUAUUGAAUUUAAUGCAUUGUGAAUGUUAAUUGAUCAUUGUGUCAGGUCUUCCUCCCAUUGGCUGAUGCAUUGUGGGUAUGUGUAAUUAAAUCCUGUCAUUGUUUGUUGGCAUACUGCUGGGUUUUGGUUGAAGAGUGCUAUUUGUAUAUAGCCUUUUGUUGCUUUGUAAAUACUUGUACAGUUUUCUGUGGCUAUUUAUCUUCAUGUUUGCUAAUAAAAGCUGUGAGCAGAAAAAAAA